AAAGUGGGAGCGCGCGCGCGCGCGUGCAGUGGCAGUGUAGACAAAUAGACAGACUGUUACGCCCUCUAAAACACUGUCAGAGCCACAUUUACUUCGGUAAACUUCCUCAAAUAUGCCGUUAAGCCAUUAACUUCCUCUCUAAGGAGUGAACACAACUCACGUCCUAAAGACCUCAGCAACUAACUUCCACAGCAGCGGGAUUACGGUCCUCAAAGCAUCUGAUAUGUUUGACUGCUGAAGUCGAGUGGUCACCUUUUUAUCAUGCAGAGCAUCAAGUGUGUGGUGGUGGGGGAUGGAGCAGUGGGUAAAACCUGCCUACUCAUCUCGUACACGACCGGCGCGUUCCCCAAAGAGUACAUCCCCACCGUGUUCGACAACUACAGCUCCCAGAUCGGCGUAGACGGCCGCACCAUCAGCCUCAAUCUGUGGGACACCGCGGGCCAGGAGGAGUACGACCGCCUUCGCACGCUGUCCUACCCUCAGACCAACGUCUUCAUCAUCUGCUUCUCCAUCUCCAGCCCCCCGUCCUACGAGAACGUCAAGCACAAGUGGCAUCCCGAGGUGACACACCACUGUCCCAGCACACCCAUCCUGCUGGUGGGGACCAAGAGCGAUCUUCGCAAUGACGCGGAUGUGCUGAAGAAGCUCAAGGAGCAGAACCAGGCGCCCAUCUCGCAGCAGCAGGGUCAGGCUCUGGCUCGCCAAAUCCACGCCGCCAAGUACCUGGAGUGCUCGGCGCUCAGCCAGGACGGCAUCAAGGACGUGUUUGCGGACGCAGUGCGCGCCUUCCUCAGUCCUCAGCCUGUGGCUGCCAAGAAGCCCUGUAUACUCCUCUGAAAAUACAGAGGAUAGAGGUAUUUGAAUUGAAUUACACACAGGAAUGCAUAGAAUGUUACUGAAUGUUUGGAGUGGAGAACGGUGACCAGAAAUCGGUGAAAUUAGAGAAAUACAAGAUCAAGAAAAAAAAUACACUGUAUUGAGAUCCCUACUUUUUUCAUAAAUGUUUUCAUUUUUGCUUGUAAGCAAAUACUUGGUUUUAUGUGGAGAGAGUGUUUUUUUUUUUGGAUGGGAAUUCAUAAGACCACUAAACAGUUUGAUACCUCGCAGGCAGGAAUACAUAAAAUACAGGAAGUAAACACUUAUAUUUCAGUGAAAAGGGGUUUUAGUUCAUUUUUAGUGUUUGGAGACUUUUGGUUAAUGAAGGUUUUUUUCUUUUUCUUUUAUUAUUUACAAAACACAAUCUGAGAAUAUAUAUAGCACUUAUUAUAUUUUUUAUUAUUACAUUUGUUCUGUGAUUGAGGACAGGCCUUUUGUAUAAAUAGUGACAUUAUCUAUGAUAUCGAAUGAGCCAUUCACACAGAAUACGUUCUGCUUUUAAAAACGCGAGCCACAGCUAAUUUCGCAAGAAAGCAGGGUAGCGCUUUUAAAAGUUGAACUUCCUAUCUUUAAAACACGGCGAUUGAGUGUGAAGACGCUGUAACAGCAGAAACAAUAGAGUGCACCAGACCAUGAUGUAUUUUUCCCAUAUGGAUUUUAAAAAAGUAUUCAUUAAAACGUAAUAAGCCAUGAACCAAACCAAUUAGCAACAAGGUGAAUCACAAAAUUACAAACUUUCAGAGUUUU